GACGUGUACCAGUUUGGCGUUUACACGGGCGGGUCGAUGCAAGGGAUUGUGCGAAAUGUAAACGACUUCGGCCACCUGUACGGCUUUGACUCCUUCAUCGGCCUGCCGGAGGAGGCUGCCGGCGUGAAGCUGGAGGGCCGGCACUGGAACACGGGCGCGUUCUCGUCAGCCGACGCCCUAGGGGCGUGGAGCACCGACGACCUUUUCUCGCGCCUGCGUCGGAAGAUUGGGCGCGGGCCUGAUUCUCUCACCUUUAUUCAGGGGUUCUUCAACGACACGCUCAACGAAUCCUUACUGCGGCUGCACCCGUUCCAGCCGGCCCUGCUGGUCGACAUCGACGGCGAUCUCUACGUGUCGGCCGUGCAGAGCAUGGGGUGGAUGCUGCGCAGCGGGCUCUUGGUGCCCGGCUCGCUCGUUCGAUACGACGACUGGAAAGAGGACGAGGCGUGGGGCGAGGCGCGGGCACACAAGGAGCUGACGGCGGAGUACCAAGUCGAGUGGCGCACGAUCUACCACGCGAUGAACUCAUACUUGGAGCUCGAGCUCGUCCGUUGCGGCGCUUGCCCGAGCGGGCCCCUCUUCUGA